AUGGGCAAGACUGGCAUUCGAACGGCUAACAAGGUCAGCCUUGAUAAGCCGGCCUCUGAGCAGCCAGGUCUACACAACAGAUGGCAUCCAGACAUUCCGUUCGCUGGAACCAUCAAGAAUGGCGAAACGGUCAAGAUUGAGUGUGUUGACUGGACUGGGGGCCAGAUUGGCAACAACGACUCGGCAGACGACAUGCUCAACGUCGAUUUGACCAAGAUUCACUAUCUCAGCGGACCAUUCGAAGUCGAGGACGCCCAGCCAGGCGAUCUGCUGCUAGUCGAAAUCAUGGACGUGCAGCCCUUUGAGGACCAGCCCUGGGGGUUCACUGGCGUUUUCGAUAAGAACAACGGAGGAGGUUUCCUGGACGAGAUUUAUCCCACAGCCGCCAAGGCCAUCUGGGAUUUUGAGGGAAUCUACUGCACGUCGCGCCACAUCCCACACGUCAAGUUCGCGGGACUCAUUCACCCGGGUAUUCUGGGCUGUGCGCCAUCCUCAGAGGUGCUGGACACGUGGAACAAGCGCGAAGCGGAGCUCAUCGCGGCCAACAAACUGGACCGCGACGUUGCGAAGCCCCCCGAACCGAUCAACGUCCAUGCCGGCGCUGCUGAUGAGGCGCUCAAGAAGACUGUUGGGAUGGAAGGGGCGAGAACUAUUCCGGGACGUCCCGAGCAUGGCGGGAACUGCGAAGGCAGCAAGGUCUACCUACCAGUUCACGUCCCCGGCGCCAAGUUCAGCGUAGGAGACUUGCACUUUUCUCAGGGCGACGGAGAAAUCUCCUUUUGUGGCGCCAUUGAGAUGGCCGGCGUCAUCACAAUCAACUUCAAGGUUAUUAAGAACGGUGUAGCGGACCUGGACCUCAAGUCGCCCAUCUACAUCCCAGGUCCUGUCGAGCCGCAAUUCGGCCCCGGAAGGCACAUCUACUUCGAGGGGUUCUCCGUCGAUGAGCAUGGGAAGCAGCAUUACAUGGACGUCACUGUUGCGUAUCGUCAGACAUGUCUCCGCGUCAUUGAGUACCUCCGCCGUUUCGGUUACAGCGACUACCAGAUCUACCUCCUCAUGUCGUGUGCGCCCAUACAAGGCCAUGUGGCAGGCAUCGUCGACAUCCCCAAUGCUUGCACUACCAUCGGGUUGCCGAUGGAUAUUUUCGACUUUGACAUCUCGCCGGCUGCCGGCAAGGUCGAGAAGCGGGACAUGGGCGGCUGCGCGUUCGCGACGGGGGUGACGGAGGGGAAGAUCGAAAAGGGCGGACAGAACAGUGAGCAUAGCUUCGGCGGUGGCUUGACGUACAAAUGA